AUGGUUCCUUUAUAUCCUCAAGAAUUCUUGAAAAACAACGAUCCACCCCCCGAUGAAGUUCUUCAAAGGGUCAAAGCUCAUCUUCAUAUUGCCAGACCGGCCAAAGACGAGGCCUUAAAGAGAGCAUAUCUUGACUUGGAAACACUCGAGGAACGAAUGGAAGAUAUGGAGUUAAAGCUACAAGAACACGAGACGUCAUUGUUCCUUUAUAAAUCCAUUCUCUCGCCUGCCCGUCGGAUUCCAAUCGAUAUUCUCCACCACAUCUUCUAUCGCUGUCUUCCGGCCCAGCGCAAUCCCCUUAUGAGUUCCUACGAAGCCCCGAUGGUACUAACUCAAGUGUGCCGUACUUGGCGUGCCAUCGCUCUUUCGUCUCCCCGGCUGUGGUCGAAGAUACACAUCACUUACGCCUACAGCUCCAAGUUAAAGGCGAAUAGUGAUAGCAUGUCCGAGCCCGAUCAAGAUUUGCCUACCGUGGAUGGUGAUACCAUACUCCGUAUGCGCUGUGAUGCCGUCAAGCAAUGGCUCCAUCGUUCAGGAUCGUGCCCUAUAUCGAUAUCGAUAAUGCACACAGGCAACAACCCGCAAAGACCUUCUAGAGAUAAUGAUGAGUCCAGCAAGGCUAAUACUUUGGAACUUUUCAAGACAAUUGUCUUGUUUUGUGAUCGUUGGGAAAAGAUCGAAUUGAUUAUGCCCGCAGAUCUGUGCUCCUUGUUGGGCAGCCUGAUUCCAGUUGACAACCUUUCUCUCUUGAAAAAUGUGAGGAUACUCAUUGCCGAGCAUUACCCUAUGCAAGAACAUCAAUGGGAUGGCUCGGGAAGCGCAUUACUUCGAGCACCUAAUCUUCGAGAAGUAUCAUUGGUCGGAUGGUAUGCUAAGUCAUGGAGGCCGACGAUGGCGCAGUGGAAACAUCUUACGCAUUUUUCUUGCUAUUCGCCACUUCAUGUGGAUGAUUGUUUCUACUUGCUCUGCCAUGCCGGAAAAUUGGUCCGCUGUACUUUAAGGCUUUUGACUUUGAAACCCCCUAAUCAGACCAUUCAGUUGCAUGGACUCGCCUUUCUUCCCUGCUUACACACGCUGUCGAUCAUUGGGAAUCCAGCUCAACGACGAGUGACUGCUGAACUUGUGGGGAAGAUUAAUGCUCCCAGACUUCUCAGUAUAGCGUAUGAGGUCCCAGAAACGCACCAUAAUAACUUUACACUAGAAAAUGCUCAAUUUCCCUUUCUUCAUUUGCUCGAAGUGACAACAAUUCAAAGUUUGACAAUCGACCCGCGGCAUCUCUCAGACAGCCUUGAGGAAUGGAUUACGAUUUUACGGCUUUCGAAGAAUGUUGUUGAUCUAUUCAUUGGCAGCCGGACGACGACUCAAGGCGAGGCAGAUGAACAUCCUUAUAUCCCUUUCAACUACCUAGCCCUCUUUCAGCUCCUUACUAUUGAUUCAGACGCCGUAUCCACCCGUAACUCCGAGGUCAUACUUCCUAAUCUACAGGUGUUCUCAGCCUCUGUAAAUUACAGCAUUACCAAAGAUAUUCUGGCCAACUUUAUAAAAAGCAGAAUGGAUCCGACGUCUCCUCAUGGGGUGGCCGUUUUGAAGACCGUCACCAUAGCUUUUCCCCAAAAGCCAGAGGAUUACGAUUAUUUUUCCGAUGACCCAUUCAUCCCCCCAAAUGCACACGGAGUUGAGGUUCAGACUUUCUUUCAGUUCAUUAACAAUUCCUACAACAAUAAGGAAACCUCUUUUUAUUCCCUCCGCUAUGGUCUCAAACGAAGUAAUGAUCGUUCAUGGCCACAUGAGGAUGUUGAUGAAUCGGUGAGUCAAUGA